GUGCUGAGAGGUAGAGAGAGAGAGACGGGAGGGAACAGACACAUGAAUAUACCAGGCUGAACACUGAUAACAGCAGCAGCUACUGUGGAGAGGCACCGGAAAGUUCUUCCAGCUGAGCUUUAUAUAGCCUAGAUUUCGCUUAUAUUUAUUUAUUUGUUUGUGUGGGGGGUAUUUAUUAUAUCUUUGUUAAAGAUGAACGGGGUGACGAGAAGUCUGUGCACAUUUGAGGACAUCAGAAAUCAAGAAUAUGGGGAGCGGUGCAGGCGACUGCGGCUCACUCUGCACAACCAGAACCAGGCAGCCGGGAGCACAGAGCAGCACAGUAACAAGCCAAUUGGACGAGCGUUUGCACUUGUGCAGCCAGCCAGUGACAGGACAUCUCCAAUCCCCGAACCGGUCAAAUCUACAGAGGAGCAGGUGGAGGUUAUCAAGGUUUAUCUAGAGGCCCGCAAGCAAGAGCAGCAGAAACACCAGGAGAGCCUGAAGAUGCUGUCAGACGAAGUUUCACAGAUACAGGAGGUGAGGUAUUGCCUGAAGACACUGCGGGAGCAAAUGGCAGCCAAAAACAAGCCGCUCACAAACGGGUGGAAAGUCAGUGUUCCCUUCAAAAAGAGCAGCUCGUCUGCACACAAGGGAGAAUCUAAAUCUGACGGACAGGAAGCAGAUGAAGAAGCAGAGAGAAACAAGCUGAGGGAGGUCAGCAAGCGCUUAUAUGCACAGCUCCAGGAAGCAGAAAAGAAGCACCAAGAGGAGAAAGAGAGGCUGCAGGCUGAAGGCAGCAGGCUGAGGGAGCACCUGAGUGACCAGGAGGAGAAGUUGAAGACCACAGAAGAAGCAAGCAUGAGGAAAGACGUACGCAUAGAAGAGCUCCAGAGGUUGCUGGGAGGGAUGGAGCAGGAGAGCGCCACCCUGCGGGAGGCAAUCCGCAACCGCGAGGAGGAACUCCGCGAACUGAGCAAGCUCAGACAGGAGGGCCAGAAAGGGGAGCAGAGGGCUGAGCAGUUGGAGAAGGAGGUGGCUGUUCUCAAAGAAAAGAUCCACCAUCUGGAUGACAUGCUGAAAAGCCAGCAAAGGAAAGUCAGACACAUGAUUGAACAGCUCCAGAACUCCCGCAUGGUGAUCCAGGAGAGGGACCGCGUGAUCAGAGAGCUAGAGGAGAAAGUGGCCUUCUUGGAGGCUGAGAACCGAGAGAUGCAUGACCAGAUGGACUACUUCCUGGGAGGACAAAGGUCAAAUUCCUACCUUUCAUCAGAGCGCAACCCCCAGAUCGUCUAUAGUAAACCAAUCAAGCCGUCCACCUCAUCUAACAAACCACUCCCUUUCAUCAAAGUAAUCGAGAUCAAGUCAUGAAGCGACUGCGCUGCCAAACCUUUUCAACGCAGACUGAAGCCAAACAGCAACACAUCUGAUGGCAUGGAUAUUUAGGGUGUCAGGGCUGAGCUUCCUGGACUUUCUUAACUACAUCAGCACUUCCACUGAAGCGUUUUAACCCCACUUUUGAAGGAAACUGUGCUGCCUUUGGCGGCACACUCACAUUAAGGCUAGCUGUGUCUGAGCAUGUGGAUUAUGAAUGAGUGUGUGUGUGUGUAUGUCAACUUUAAUGUAAAUACAUUGAGCGUACUGAUUCAGGUGAUGUGCAUUUGAAGUUUUACAUUCUGUUUGCAUGUGUUUCCUUGUACUGCCCUGUUCUGAUAGAUUUUUUAACCUUUGAGUUUAUGACAUUGGCGUUGUUUUAUCAAAACAGAAUUGUUGAGCAAAGUGCAGGAAGGUAGAGCUUUUGCCAAAGUGAGUUAUGACAUUGUAGUCCAUAUACAACAGUAAUGUAGCAAACAUAGGUAACUAAACUAAAGGUUUCAUGAAAAAAAUCAUUAACCUCAUGAUCUAGAUCCUGUGUGCUUGCCCUCAUUAGUCACUCACCCAUGACUCUGUUCACCUUGCUGAGUGAAUGGUAUGAUACUUUAAACUAAAUAAUUACUGUAGCCUAUGUAAGGUCAAUAUCUGUGAUGAAAAGAGCUGUUUUUAAAUAAAUGUUUUUUUAAGCUAACACUAUAGCACAUUAUGAAACGGUGAGGAAGCAGUACAAAUGACAAUGUCGGAUGAUGAGUCUCCUCGGUUUGUAAAUAUUAAUUAAUGAAUUUCUGCCUAACAACUUUUCUGUUUUAUUUAUUUAUAUUAAUGAACCUCUUGACAGAUUGUGUGAUAGAUUUUUUUUAUGAAGUUCAUUCUAAUCUAUUAUCUGUGUUUGUGGUUUUCAGAAUAAAUUACUGAAAAUUAAAA